UUAGCUGGUCAGUAUUCAGCAUUUCUCUCGAAAUGUGUAUUUCAAUUUAAUAAAAUUCGAGCCAACGCAUGCGCACGAAUAUCCCCGUAACGAUACACAAAGGUUGUUUUGUGCCAUGAAGAGUUUCUUCAGUCAGUCAGCUGUACUUUCAGAAAUGGCAUAGAGGUUGUUUUGGGUGUGUUUUUGUAGUGUUGUGGGUUAAUUUGUGCCAGACAAUGUUUAGUGAUUGUGUUGCCGUGUUAUCUUUACUUUUGAUAUUACCUUCUAUUAGUACUGCAGAACGACUGAACGAGUACAUAAGUCACUAUGAGCCCCUCAAUUACGACACGGCGGACGUUCACAGGGCUCACGUCCGAGCGAAGAGAUCAGUUGUUAGAGACAAUUUCGUUCAUUUAUCGUUUCGUGCCCAUAGCCGUGAUUUCCGAUUACGGCUGAAAAGGGACCUGAGUGUGUUCAGUGACUCGCUGGAGGUGCACGGGCCCCAAGGCCAGAUCGACGUGGACACUUCCCACAUAUACCAAGGCCAUUUAGUGGGUGAACCAGAAAGUUCAGUGUUCGGUUCGUUAAUUGACGGCGUUUUCGAAGGGAAGAUUGCAUCUCCUAAGGGCUCGUACUUCGUGGAGAAGGCUCGUCACUAUUUCCCCCACUCUAAACACCCCAACCAAACAUUCCAUUCCAUCAUUUAUCACGAGGAUCACGUACAGGAUCCCUAUGCACACCAAAGGCAGGGUCAUUAUUCUGGCUGCGGAAUAAACGACGACGUUCUCCAGUGGAUGGAAAGAAUACAGUAUUCAGGAGCGGAGGAUCUUCCUCCUGUACCCCCUUCUAAAACAAAAUCUCACAAACCCAAGAAACAUAAAAAGGUUUGGGAUUCAGGAGAGAAAAAGGAACAGCCAAGACCUCCACCUUAUCACGAGGACGUUCAUAACAAAUAUUCUAGAGAAGCCAAUGAGGAGAUUAAUAGUAGGCAUAGAAGAGCCACGCGAAGAGAUGAAAACAAAAAUACCUGUUCCUUGUACAUACAGACUGAUCCCCUCAUAUGGAAACAUAUCAGGGAGGGAUUUCCAGAGCAUACUUCCCUAGGAAAGGAGGAAGAGGUGAACGAAAAGACUAGAGAGGAGAUUUUGUCCCUCAUUGCUCAUCAUGUCACUGCCGUUAAUUAUAUUUAUCGUGAUACUAAGUUUGACGGAAGGAGUGAACAUCGCAAUAUCAAGUUUGAAGUUCAGAGAAUAAAGAUUGACGAUGACUCAUCAUGUAAAUGCUCCCACCAUGGUUGCGGCGAAAUAAACCAAUUUUGUCUAGAAAACAUAGACGUUAGUAACUUCCUCAAUAUACAUUCUUUAGGCAACCAUGAGGACUUUUGCUUAGCCUAUGUGUUCACAUAUAGAGACUUCACCGGAGGUACCCUUGGGCUCGCCUGGGUUGCCAGUGCGUCGGGGGCCUCUGGAGGGAUUUGUGAAAAGUACAAGACCUACACAGAGACUAUAGGUGGAAUGUAUCAGUCAACCAAGAGGUCUCUAAAUACAGGGAUUAUUACUUUCGUUAACUAUAAUAGUAGGGUACCGCCCAAGGUCUCACAGUUGACUUUAGCCCAUGAAAUUGGACAUAAUUUUGGCUCACCACAUGACUAUCCUCCAGAGUGUCGUCCGGGAGGUCUUAACGGUAACUUUAUUAUGUUUGCCUCCGCCACUAGCGGAGAUCGUCCAAAUAAUAGCAAAUUCUCUAGCUGUAGUAUCGGAAAUAUAAGUAAUGUCCUCGAUGCCAUAGAAGACAAUAAAAAGAGAAACUGUUUUACCGCUUCUGCUGGAGCUUUCUGCGGCAACAAAAUUGUGGAAGCUGGUGAGGAAUGCGAUUGUGGAUACGACAAUAUCGAAUGCAAAGACAAAUGUUGCUAUCCGAGAAUCAUCAGUCAGCAGGACAGGCUGUUGAACAAAAGUGCCACAGGCUGCAGGCGGAAGGCAUUCACCGAAUGCAGUCCAAGUCAAGGACCCUGCUGUAGCGGAGAGACUUGUAAAUUCAUCCUGUUCCAAGAGCACGAGGUUUGCAAGAUGGAAUCGGACUGUUCGAUGUCCUCGAGGUGCAACGGCAGGAGCGCCGAGUGUCCGCCACCUCUACCACGUCGCAAUAAAACAAGAUGUAACAAUGGUACUCAGUUGUGCAUUAACGGAGAGUGUAGUGGCUCAAUCUGUCUUGAAUGGAACCUUCAGGCUUGCUCUUUGACCACUCAGGACCAUCCCAACAUCGACAAACGUAGACUGUGUGAAUUAGCUUGUCAGAACGGGACGGAUAUUUGUAGGAGUACGAGUGAAUUCUCUGAAAAAGUUGGUCUUCCGCCAGGAGGUAUAAGUUUGCGCCCCGGAGCCCCCUGUGACAACUUUCAGGGUUAUUGCGACGUGUUCUUGAAAUGUCGCGCAGUCGACGCUGAUGGACCGCUAGUGAGAUUGAUGAACCUCCUGCUCAAUCGGGAGACGUUAAUUACCGUAGCUCAGUGGAUCACGGAAUACUGGUGGGCGGUGCUGUUGAUGGGCAUUAUCUUUAUAAUUUUGAUGGGAAUGUUCAUCAAGUGCUGCGCCGUGCACACCCCAUCCUCUAAUCCUAAGAAGCCGCCAGCCCGUAGAAUUAGCGAUACCUUGAGGAGACCCAUGAACACUUUGAGAAGAAUGAGGUACCAUCAUAAUGCUCCUCAUCAUCCGAGCGCUCACGGUCCUUCUGGUAGGAGUCGACAAGACAGAUCUUCUCGACCAUCAGCUAGUCAAGGCGGCCCCAGGGCUGGAUACGGGGAGGGUCGGGGACACUACCAGGCUCCAAAAGACUAUUCUCCACUAGCAACGGCUCCUCCUGUUAGCUACAGUCGUCAGAAUCACCCCGAACUGUACGCGGGAGCAUACGAAAUGAGAAACAAAGUCUGACAGGACGGUCAAGCUGGGGAUAAUCGGGUAUCUCCACCGCCCGAUUACCCUGGUACCCCAAUGGCCAACAUUCAGUUUGAAGGUGCUCCGCUUGUCCACUUGACGAACAAUCCUAAAAAUGGGACUAUCGUUAUUAACUCACAAACAGAAUCCAGUGAACAACGUGGCUCAACUUAACCGGACUUUUAAAUGUUUGGCCAAUGUGCUCUGUGAUUGAAACACGGGAACUUUAGUAAGUGCGUGUGAAUUGAUUUAAUAAUGAAUGAAAACGGGUGCAUUUAAAUAUAGUCACCUUUAAUUUUAAGGUAUGUUCUUUUUUAUGGAUUUGAGAAUGAUGUUUUUAUGAAGUUUGUAAAACUUAUUAGUUAGCUUCCUUUUAAUGAAAGGCUGAUUUAUAUUGUUCUACAUUUUGGUAUAACAUAGAUUUGUAAUACGAAAAUUGUCCAAUUUAUUGUUGCAUUUUAGGGGGGCCAGAGCCCCUAACUUAGAACAAUUUGUAAAAAAUAUGUUUUUAAUUAAUAUCUUAGAAGAGAAAUUGUUUUUUAGUAUUUUUUAUUUAUUUGCCAUUCUGCACCAAAUAUUAUUUAGUUAUUUAUACUUCCCACUUUAAGCAUCUCGUUGAAACGAGUGUUGAUUUUUCUUUUCGUAAACUUGUCUGAAAUACAAAUACUCAGAGUACGUGCGUAUAUUUAAGGUGGGAAAUGUUUUACUUUCUGAUAGACUUAGUGUCACACCAUUACUUCAACUUAGAAAAGUUGCAUACUGUUUGCAUUUUCAAAUAAUGCUCUGAUACUCAUUUUAAACUAAAAAAAUGAAAUAUAAGUAGUAGAAACUUAAUAAACAAAUGAAGAAGAACGAAGGCUGCCAUUUACAUUAUUAACAUGUUUUUGUACAAGUGUACCUUUAGAUUUAUCUAUUAUAUAUUUGAACGCAAAAAAAGUGAAUUUGUUUAGAGAUAAAAUUUCGUCUGUAAUAAAUAGAGUUCAGGGUUUUCGUCGGCUAGUCAUAGGCGUGUUCGUCCUAAGCAAAUAAAUUAACGUAUUUUUCGUGUAACGAAAAGUCGUUUUUUACCCCUUGGCACAUUCGACAUUAUUAGAAUAUUAAAACGCGUAUACACGAAGCAAACGCAAAACCAAUAACUGCUGUUAUUACCAGUUUCGUAUGGUGCGCUGUAGCAAAAGGCCACGCAACGGCUCUGAUCAUCCGACUGACAAGGAGAAGACAAGAUAAUCGGAUUUUUGUAAUUUUUGAUAUUUAUGGUACGUGUAGUCUGGACCUUGAAUAAGAAU